UUGCAGGUGCCAGGAUUGUCGGGGGUGGUGCCGGUUUACACUCUCCUCCCUUGCACGAGGAUCGCGAACGUCCCGGGGAAUAAACGGCUUUGGAUAUUCGCUGUUGGACCGCAUGGUGUUAGCACUCAUGCUUUAGUAAAAGCAAAAAGGUAUCGGGAAACGAGGCAGCACGAUGUGGCGCAUAUUGGUCGUCGCAGUCUUGCUGGUGGCCACAUCGGUGGGUGAUAAGGUGGUGGUUUUGCCCCACGAUGUUUACCCGGGCUAUGAGGUGACGUUAUUCAACACGAAACGCCCGUCGAACUUCCACCUAAUGGAGAAUGGUUUCUCCAAGUUUUUCACCGUAUUGGGAAACGGUCUGGUGAUGACCACGUCCGAUUUGUCACCGUUGGUCGACCGACCAGUGAACCUUAUCGUCGUCGAAGAAUUGGCCAACGGCACCGAGACACAUUUCCUCCAUCUCUACGUGAUUAAUCGCAGGAACAUGAUCACCUUCUCGCACGAUCACCUCGGUGAUGGGGAGGUUCUGGAGAAUUCUGUCGCUGGCACCUUGAUCGACGGUUUUCCGGUUCUGAGAGCUCGGGGAAGCUUCCCGGUCCAUUACACGAUCCUUCCGGAUGAGACUGGGGAUCGUCCUUUCGCUCUGCAAGAGGAAGACUCGAAUCACACGGGAUUCAACCUGACGUUGAACAGUCAGAAGGACGGUGUCAGGGUGGUAACAGCGAAACCUCUGGACCGAGAGACCAAGAAGCUCUACACGGUGGCGAUUCAGGCUUCCGAUGGUUAUCUGCUCAGCAGCUCCCAGAUCAAUGGCAUUGUCCAUGUGUUGGACAUGAACGACAAUAGCCCCGUGUUCGAGAAGGAAUUGUACACGUUCGAGAUCAGACCGAGCAACGUGGACGCCAUUCACAAGAACUCCGUCACGCUUCCUGGAUGGGAACGGUUCUCUGUGGUGGGCAAGGUCGUUGCGAAGGACGGCGAUGGCGAUAAGGUUGCGUACAAGUUGCUCACACACAGCAGCCUUUUGGUGGUGGUACCUCAAACGGGAGAACUGAUGCUAGUUGGCGAACCGGAUGUCACGAUGGACGAAGACAGCGAAUACGUGGUGAUCGUUGAAGCACACGAUGUACGAAGUCCUAGUCGAACGACGGAAAAGCCGGCGAAGGUUAUUGUGAGAUUUUUGACCUCGCAACCGAUGGAAGUCGAAGUUCAUCGUAUACAAAAGCGAAGGGUGACCAGGGCUGUCAGACCGACGAAGAAGGUGGAAUUCACCGAGGCGGACGGCGACGUAGAGGGAAAAAUAGUGUUUUAUUUGGAGAAGGAGAACGAGAAGGAGGUUUACAAGAUUAGGGAUGAAAAUAAGUGGGUCAGCGUCUGCCCAAAUGGAUCCGUCGUAGUGAAACAGAAAUGGGAUUACGAGGAAUUGGGCUCGGAAAAGACCCUCGAUUUUUGGGUGACCAUCACGAACACAGGAUUUCAAUACACGGACAAUCAACGUGUUAUUAUCAGCAUGAAAGACGUUAACGAUGAACCACCAUACUUCAUAAAUCGGCCUCUACCAAUGCAAACGGUCGUUCAGCUGAAUGCACCACCGAAUACUCACGUGUUUACCCUUCAAGCCAGGGAUCCUGACACUGACAGCAAUAUUCAUUAUUUCAUAGUACGAGAUCGAACUGGAGGCCGUUUCGAGGUAGACGAACGAUCCGGAGUUGUACGCACCCGGGGGACCGAUCUCUUUCAGUUGGACAUGGAAUAUGUUCUGUACGUGAAAGCUGAAGAUCAGAAUGGCCGUAUAGACGAGAAGCGUUUUCAGUCGACUCCUGAGGAGCGUUUAUCGAUCGUAGGUGGAAAACGAGCACCGCAAUUCUACAUGGCCGCGUACGACGCUGAAAUACCGGAAAAUCAGAAGAAAGACUCCGAGUAA